UGACUCGCGAUAUGGUGGAAAUUGUUAUUUUGGGCAGAGAGGGGGACAGUUUGUUCGUUGACAGCAGAAAAAAAAAAGGUAUCCGAGGCUUGAUCAAGCAGCCCGUCCUUUCUCUUCUUUAUUCCAUUGACACCGAGCACUCCGAGGACCCCUUUCUUGUUCCAAUACCAGAUACAAAGCGCAGCAAGAAAAAAAAAGAGCCGUUUGCUCCGUCUAAUUGCACAUACAUGGCAACGUCUUCAAGGAGGCUCGUCGCCUCUACGCCCUGGUUUACCGCCAUCACAGCCGGUGGCCGCAAUUGCUCACGGCGCACAGGUGCUCUCGCCAUGCGCCCCCAGCAAAACUCGUACUCGACAACGACGACGACAUCGACAUCCUCUCCCAAAUUCUCCUACAACAUCGCCGCCUCCUUCAUCGCCAAAGACCGCCCCUACGACCCCUCCACACACGUCUUCCACUUCAACCCGUAUAACAGAAUCCAGCCCCCGCGCAACAGGAAGCGCUCGUCCCGCCCCGACUCGGGUCACGAUGCCUUCUUCGUCAGCAGAGUAAACGACUCGGGCGCAGUCGCCUUUGGCGUGGCCGACGGCGUGGGCGGAUGGGUCGAUUCGGGAGUCGACCCUGCCGACUUCUCCCACGGCUUCUGCGACUACAUGGCCGCCGCGGCCUACGAACACAAGGGCUCUACGGCGCUCACAGCCAGAAGCCUUAUGCAGGCGGGCUACGACGCCGUGUGCAACGACAAGUCGUUAUCCGCAGGUGGCAGCACAGCCUGCGUAGCAGUCGCCUCGCCAGAUGGUGUUUUGGACGUGGCUAACCUGGGCGACUCGGGGUUCAUCCAGAUGCGUCUCAACGCUGUCAACACAUACUCGGAGCCGCAGACACAUGCGUUCAACACGCCCUACCAGCUGUCUAUUGUACCGCCGAGUGUGGCGGCCAGAAUGGCGGCGUUUGGAGGUACACAGCUCAGCGACUUGCCGCGGGAUGCGGACGUCACGCACCAUAACUUGCGCCAUGGCGAUAUUCUCAUGUUUGCGACAGACGGCGUCUUUGAUAACUUGUUCCACCACGAUAUCCUGAGGAUCGUCAGCCGCGUCAUGACCUCGGCCAAGGCGUGGGAGGUGGCCAAGUCUGGCAGCGUCAAUGUCGGAUCUAACCUCGAGACGAUUGUCAAGUCGCCGCUCGAGACAAAGCUCAGCCACUCGGUUACACUACAGAGCUUGCUGGCUACCGAGCUUGUCUUGGCAGCGAAGCGGGCAAGCGUGAACACCAAGAUGGAUGGGCCAUUUGCCAAGGAGGUCCAAAAGUACUAUCCACAUGAGAACUGGCACGGCGGCAAGGUCGACGAUAUCUGCGUUGUGGUGGCGGUAGUGUGUGAGGAGCCUGCUGCUGCAGCAUCUGCUCCUCUCAAAAGCAAACUUUAAACACACAUCGUGCCUUUUAGGAAAAAAGGCAGCGGCGUCUCGACGACGAUUUGUUUCUACUUACUUCAUUGUAUUGGUACUUGUUCAGCAUGGGACUAAAGGGGGUAUUUAUUCUUGGAAAUUAGACUUUAUAAAGCGUAAGCGAAAGUUCAGAUAAACUAGCCUGCGUUAAUUAGUUGCGUUUGGUUUUGGAAUAGAAAAUAUUACUGCAUAGAAAACGCGUUGGAGACUCUUUACUAUGACUUGUUGGUCUGGCACGGAGCCGGCUCAGUUUAUUUGCAGGCCACGAACUCACUUCCAGAUAAAUAAAUACUUGCUCGCCAAAAUUAGAUAGAUUUCCUAUU